UGAAACAGAGUAAACCUAGCCCGAUCUAAAACCUAAAUCAAUGGAGUCAGGAACGAAGAAGAAGAAGAUAGAUUACUACACAGAAGAUCUCGUGGUAAAUAUAUUAGCGAGAUUACCACUAAAGAGCAUCACAGCUUUCACCUUGGUUUGCAAGGAAUGGAAAUCAAUAGUCGAAUCUCAAUAUCUACACGAACUUUUUAUGUCUCAUCAUCAAGACUCGCAUCCUUCAUGGUCACUCAUGUGCAGAGAAACUCAUAAAGAAGUCAUUGCUCACUACAGAUGCGACACUUGGGGACUUACACAAUCUUUAGGCUCUUACAUCUCUUCUUUCCUAACACACAAAUUCGGAAUCCACAAGGAAAAGGUUACUGUCGAGGCUUACACUGAUGUAGGAUUGAUUUUGGUUACUGAUAUAUACAAACCUUCUGGACUUGCAACACGAAUAGAAAACGGCGUCGUUUUAGGUUACAAAGUUGUUCUGAUGAAAGAUACCACCGAUACCGACGACAUUAGCUUACUCAUAUAUUCAUCUGAGACAGGCCUAUGGAGUUUCAACACUGUCCAAUCUCCUUAUCUUUUGAAGCGUGUUGCUUGGUUCAAUCCUGUUAGCUUGAAUGGAAACCUUUACUGGCUUUGCUACAACAACUAUCGUGAUCACCUUGUUGUAUCCCACAAUUUAUAUGCUACUGGUACGGAAUCUGAUCAAUGCAGAGUUAUAGAGUUCCCUCAUCUAGAAAACGAUGUGUAUUUUAGAAGAGCUUUCACAACAUCCCAAGGAUCUCUUAUGUAUAUGAAAAUUAUCAAUGAAGAAAAAGAUGAUGGAAGUUUAGGGCUUAAGUUAUGUGUAUGGAGGUUAAAGAGUGGGAAAUGGGAAAUAGUAUCUGAAAUAUCUCCGGCUUGUAUCAAGAGUGGUUUAGAUUACUUUCCGUUGGCAAUAAACCCUUUUGAUGCUAAUAAAAUGUAUUUGUGGAGUGAGAUGCAUAAAUGUUUAGUAUCUACUAGCUUGCUCAAAGGCAAGUUUCGGCGUCACAAGAAGUUGGAAUAUAGUAGCGAUGGUCGCAUUAUGAGCUUUGCUGGAGACUGGAGCCCGUUUGAACACCUCUUUAACCCAUGUUUCUCCAGGUUUGCUCUCCCGCAUUGGCUGCAUCGGAUCCCUUCCUCGCCUCCAACCGACAAGCUUCGAAUGCGAAUAAGAUUACGGAAAAGGGCAACUUAACAAAGUAAGCAGUAAUUACUCAAACUGUUAUGUUUCUGAUAUUAUUUACCUUUCUUCUCUAUACAUGUUUAGAAUCGUUUUGGCUGAGGAUUUGUAGCUUAACUUUUAUGUAAAUCUUGUCGUAGGGCUUAACAUCAGCGGCUUAUAUUUUUUAUUUUUAUUUUGUCUACAAUUUUUUUAUGAGAUUUUGAU